AACUCAUGACCGCCUGCUUGCAAGGCAGGUGCUUAUGCCGCUGAGCUAAAUCCCCAGCCCCUGCAGUUUGCUUUUCCUUUGCAGAGCACUGGCAGAGGAUCAGCAGCUGCAGGGAGUGGGGAAAGAAGGGGCUCACAUCAGAGCAGGUUUCUAGGGUUUCCUUUGUGUUCCCCCUGUAGCUAGUUGCUCAAGUGAGCUGGGUGGGAGUCCAGGUCCUCACCCGCCUUGCCUACAGGCUCAGGACUAUCUUUGUGCCCUUCUUGCUAACCUUUCUCUCUUCCAGGAAUCCCUCCAUUGGGUCUGGCCUCUGGUGUGUACCAGGGUGUAGAUGAAGCCUCAUUUCUUUUAUGUAAGAUCUGGAGAAUGUAAGUGGAGUAGGAGCAGUUCUGGGACACUAUAAAAUGUGCUUUUCCUAUGACAUUGAUAGCUUUUCUUCCUACAUUCCACAAACUUGUUCAACUUGUAACAAAAUGCCAUGAAACCUUUAAAGUUCUGCCAUGGUCUUCAGCAGAGAGUGAAACACAGUGCUCUAAAGGGCUGCAAAGCAUAGGUUAAAGCACUGUGGAAUUUGGGCAGUGUUCUUCUCUAAGCCCUGCCUGUCCUCACCUCUGCUCCUGAGUACAGCUUGACAGGAAUCGGGAGUGUGGAUAGAGCAGAUUGAGGUUCAGUGAGAGGUAGUUUGUAGCAUCAUUUGCUUCUAAUGACGAAGCACAGCCUGUUUGGGUGGAGGAGGCCCUGGCCUUUAAAAGGCAGCCUGGAAUCCAAAGCCAUUGCUUCCCCCUGAGCAUUGAGAGCCAUGCCAGUAAUGUGGGACGUAGGGACAACGGACCCAACAUCUGGAGCUCUGCAUUUCUCUUCUGGUUCUGUCUUGAAUCAGAGAAUGGUCAGAAGAAGCAAACAGCACUAAGCAAUGAUGGGGUGAGUCAGUACCAGAAAAGGGUGAGAAGCUAGGAUUUGGAAUCACAGACUCAUUAGUUGCAUCUGUUAGGGCCCUCAACAGCUCAUUUUCUGAUGUAUAUCCUCAUUGUGGAGGAUUCAGCUGAGGUCCUGAAGGAACAAAGCAGUCUACCCAGGGACACAGAGCUAAAAGAGAAGCAGCUUCCUGGGCCUCAAAUCAGGUUCUUUCUCCUCCCCGCCAUGGUGACUGCUAAGACCUCUACCUCUAUCUGGGGAGUUCCUGGUGGGUCCUAGCCCAGGGAGGCCACCUCUUCUGUCCUCUCAGCCUUUGGCCCCUGAGAGCGCCCUCCACUUUCCUCCUGGGUGAGGCUGCUGCAGCCGGACGACCAGACCACAACCCAUGUCACAGCAUUGAUGCUGCCCGCCUGGGACCGCGCUGCUGCCACCGGCCACUGGAGUGAAUGACCGUGCCACAACUUUCUUCCUAGGCCGCCAGCGCCGCCUCUCGCUCCACCGGCCGGCUGUUUCAAUUAACCCCUGGAUUCCUGCCUUAAACUUCAAUAUGUGUCAUGUCAUUGUCACCUGCCGUUCAAUGCUCUGGACCCUCUUGAGUAUUGUGGUAGCCUUUGCGGAGCUAAUCGCCUUCAUGAGCGCAGACUGGCUGAUAGGGAAGGCCAAGAGCCGUGGUGGCAGCGGGGCUGAGCCAACUGCCGGAGGCGCCCCUGAGCCCCCGCACCCUACGCUGGGCAUCUAUGCACGCUGCAUCCGCAAUCCCGGCUUGCAGCACGUCCCUCGUGAGACGCUCUGUGGGCCCUAUGCUGAGAGCUUUGGCGAGAUCGCCAGCGGCUUCUGGCAGGCCACCGCGAUCUUCCUGGCCAUGGGGAUCUUCAUCCUCUGCGUGGUGGCCCUGGUGUCAGUCUUCACCAUGUGCGUGCAGAGCAUCAUGAAGAAGAGCAUCUUCAAUGUUUGCGGGCUCCUUCAGGGAAUCGCGGGCCUAUUCCUUAUCCUUGGUCUCAUCCUCUACCCUGCCGGCUGGGGCUGCCAGAAAGCUGUAGACUACUGUGGACACUAUGCAUCUGCCUACAAGCCCGGAGACUGCUCUUUAGGCUGGGCCUUUUACACUGCCAUUGGGGGCACGGUGCUUACCUUCAUCUGUGCUGUGUUCUCCGCACAAGCAGAAAUUGCAACAUCCAGUGACAAAGUACAAGAAGAAAUCGAGGAAGGGAAAAACCUUAUCUGCCUCCUUUAGUAUGGAAAGAGACAUUGAUGCCAUUUUUUCUUUUGUAAUCUUGUGAAACAGCCCACACCAUAUGAAUCAAGUGGAAAAAUAGCCUUCACCUACCAAAGCCACAUUCCACAGCCCAGGCCUUUACAGGACCAGUGAGAGGCAACAGCUAAGCAGUUACUGGACACAGGUCACAGUGCAAGUGAUAAGGGUGGAACGCAAUCAUCAUGUGACAACCCUGACUGCCGUUGUGGGUCCAAUCAGACCCCAUCUUCCCAGGGCUCCAUGAAGGAUAAAGAUCGGAAUCAUGAAGGCACUCUCUGGCAGCAGACGACAUGCAGUUGGCCGCUAGCCUGACAAGCUGUUUUAGGGCUGAAGAGGAAGUUUCUGGCCCACAGCUGCACGUCAGAGUGCAUCUCUGCCUUGGGAUGAGGUCUCAAGUUGGCAUUUUGAUUUUUUUCCCUAGUUCUUUCAUGUUGUUGCAGUUGGAAACUGAAAGGAAGAUCACAAACUUAGAGGGGAUAGGAUAUAUGCUGCAGACCAAAGGGGUCCUCUAAAACAGUGUGGGGCAUACUCUAGGCUGAAUUUCAGAGCACAGUGAAUCACUGAACUGUUGCUGCAAACCAUUAGAAAUGUGUAAGGGGAGACUAAGUGCCUGUACAAUCACACUCAAAUGACAGCUCGGACCCUGGCCAGGGGGAGAUUGUUUUCCUCUUCCAAUGGGUGGGCUAGUGCUCAUGCAGGCCUGGUCACCUCUUCUCCUGGGACUAAGGCUGUGCCCUGACUGCCAGAGAAAACCUGUUUCCUUCUUCCAGGGACUUGGGUUCCACACCAGCUGUGGCACAGGCAGGUGCUUAUAAGGAGGAACUGCCAAAUCUGCGCCCUGGGAGACCUUUACACACACACACACACACACACACACACACACACACACACACACACACACACCAGCAGCAGCAGCAGCAGCAGCAGCAGCAGAAGAUUCUUUGCAAGAAAAAGGAGCUAGUGAUGGCAGUUAAGCUUCUCUAGUCACUGGCUGAUCCUGAGCGAAUCCUGAGCGAAGAUUGAAAUAACAUUAAGCUGCUGCCACUGAACAGCAGCACCUGCCUAUACCUGUUUACAGAAACAAUGAAACACCACUAUUACAAAGGCUUGAGAAAAAAAGAAAAGGUUUUAGGACUUUUAAUGUAGUUUCCAUCAGUUACCAAUACAGUUCAUCUGGGCAGGUGGUAAGGAGGAUGAGCAGAGCAGCAGAACCACAGCCUGCCUUAACGUGUGUCAGGUACAGCAGAGGGAGGAGCACCCUCACAUCUGAAUCCUGGCCAGUGUCUGGAAGGAUUAAGAUUGGAGUCUCUUUGGGUUUAUGAAUCUGCUCACAGAGGGCUUUAUUUUGAAAGUAUAACAGGUCCUAAGCACCUUGUACUGGCAAGGUAUUGUGUGCUAAGUACCACCAGGUAUUCAAACCAAAGUUAUGACUUUGUACCAGUGAAGAAUGUCAAAGUUGUGUGAGUCUAGAAUCGUGCUUUGCAGGAAUGGAAUGGGCAGACUGAUGUUUUCAUUUCAUUCUGUUUGGCUGUUGGUCUAUACUAGAAACCAUCUUAUCUCACAGAUGAAAGGCCAAGCACAAAACAGGAGCACAUCUUUUGAAACAAGAGUCAAAUCUUCUGACUUUUUUUCAGAGCAAGAAGGGUUAACAGGUACCCUUCUACGACAUGUAGGUAAAGAUGUGGGAAGUGCGAACAACCAUCUCUAACCUCCUGAAAUAGGCCACGGGAGCCUGUGGUAAGAGUCCUGGGCCAGAAAGUGCUUUAUAACAUCUAAUCAAGCCCUUCUGCCAGCCAGGUAACUACUUUCAAACCUGAGCAGUAUUUUUCAUUCAAAGCAAUUUCCUAUAUCAGACAAAUCUUGAUAAAAUUUUUUCUUAAAUUUCUUAUCAAAAGAUUAACCUCUAUAAGAUAGAGAACCCAUUUUACAAUCUCAGCCUCCUUGCAGGGACAAGUUGUGAGCCCAGAGGACCUUAUGUAUCUAUCACCAGCUACUCAGCUAAAGUGACAGAACUCUCUGAGGUCACCCUGUCACAGUGAACCCAUCAACAGCAAUCCCAAGUGAAAAUGGGACUUCUCAGCCAGAGCAAGUCACGUGACAAUGUUCUUUUCAUUAAUUUGAAUGAUAUAGAAGACUAAAAAAAAAGGCACAUAGCCAAACCACUAAAAACUACCUGAAAACUAAGAGGGAGAGCAAGUCUGCUGCUUCUAGGAAGGGCAGCAUUGCCUCCCUGGGAUAAACGAUCGAUUGCAAUGCUAAUUGGGACCAAAGCUCUUCUGCAUGCCUCUUUAAAAACCACUCACCGACCCACACUUGCUUUCUGGUAAGCAGGCCUCUUGCUGCUCCCAGGAAAAGCUUAUUUAUUUUGGCUACAUUUGUGCUUUAAAGUUUCAUGAUGGCCUGGGCAUCUCAAAGCACUCUAAAGCAGAAAUGUUUGCCUCAGAACCUGGAUUCUUUAAACCUGUGUGCUAAUUCAACAGAGUAACAAUUACGUGAGGGUUUCUGUGUAGUUUUCAAACAUCUGUGGUGUAAUGAUCCUUGUUAAACAUGUAUUCCAUAAAGUGCCAUAGUCUUUUGUUUAAUGUGUAGCUUAUUUAAAUAUGUAUAUAAUACAUACACAAGUUUUGUGAAAGAUGUGCAAUAACAAAGGUGUAUGUAUGUUUUCUUUCUUUUGGAAACUGGACAGGAGUCAAAAUAGGGAUGUUUUCUGUUUUGGCAAAGGAAAGUUACACAUUUUUGCCUUCGCGGCUUAGUCAUUAGCUCACAACAAUUUUAAUGCUACAUGAAACUUAUGUGAAGGAAGGACUAGUAUGAAAUUGUUUUUUGCUAGGUCUAAAUUAUAAUACUAUUUAUGUGAAGUUAAGCCAGCAAGCCAGGUCCAGUUAAUGAGUCCUCCGUGUGAAAUGUGAAGCUACGUGUUGCCUUUUCUGUUAGUGUGACAAUCAGUUGCUAGAACCUAGUCACCAGGUGCUGCUCCUUAGUGUGCUUUCCUGGACCCUGUCAAUGCUAGACCACUGAAGAAGGGCUGACCACAUGCCUUCUUAGCCUAAGUCUGGCUUUGGACAGACCUCUGUGCAAUAACGCCUGGCCCCAGGAAUCCUUGCCUGCCUGUCUGGGGGUAGCAGUGAUGUCCCAUGGGCCAAGAGUCAGAGACGGCUGGGUUUCUUCUAUGACUGUGGUGAAACUCUUAAGGACGAGGGAGUCAUCAGGUGCUCUGGAGGAAAUCAGCACCACUUGACAUUCACUUGAGCCAAACAAAAACUGUAUUACAGUGAUAGACUCAAUUUGAGCCCUCAAAUGUGUAAUUAACCCAUUAUACAGUAAACUAAUAUGUUGUCUAGCUUUGAUGAAGUUCCUGUGCCUAUGUAUUUUUAACAGUGUGCUCCCUUCCUCUCAGAUUUGAAUUAAACCAGAUUUUAUAAACUCAA